AUGGCGUAUCAACCAUCGCGCAGUCCAUUCGCGCCAGCGCAACAAGACAGCUUCUAUCAGAACUCCCGCAACGGCCUCCGUGGCUACGGACUAUCCAAUCAACCGAUCCCCCUAUCCAACAAAGUGAACGGCUAUUUCGAGAAAGACCGCACGCUACCGCUAUACAAAGACAAGCCCUACUUCCAACCGCGGCGCACAGGUCCUCGGAGACGAUGGAGGCCGUUCAUUGUGCUCCUGGGAGUAUGCAGUUUGGUAUUCUUGUUGUACUAUAACUUCUAUCUCCCGUCAUGGACAGGGUCACGAUCAAGCGAUAAAGGGGUGGACCUUUGGAAGUGGGCUCAGGCUUUGGAGGAUGAGAAGGUUUCUUCGGAUACAUCUGACUGGGCUGAGAGGCGGGAGAAAGUUCGGGACGUUUUCAUUGUUAGUUGGGAGGGCUAUGAAAAGAACGCUUGGGGCUACGACCAGUACCGUCCCGUGUCGAAUGUCAACCAGGAGGUUACUAGCGGCGGGUUAGGGUGGAUGAUUGUCGACUCGCUGGACACCUUGAUGAUCAUGAACCUGACCUCCAAGGUUCACCGAGCCAGACAAUGGAUCUCAACCUCGCUACAGUAUGAUCAAGACCGAGAGGUAAACACAUUCGAGACGAGUAUUCGCAUGCUCGGUGGUUUGCUUUCUGCGCACUAUCUUUCGACCCAAUUCCCCGAUCUGGCACCGCUAAACGACGACGAUGUCGGCGCUGCGGGUGAAGAUUUGUAUAUUGAGAAGGCUGCCGAUCUUGCCGACAGACUGCUUGGAGCUUUUGAGUCUCCGAGUGGCAUCCCAUGGUCAAAUGUCAACCUCAACACGUCCGCGGGUAUCCCAGUUCACUUUGAUGAGGGCGCCACAUCUAUCUCUGAGGCUGGAUCAGUGCAGCUUGAAUUCAAGUAUCUGGCCAAGUUGACCGGAGAGGCAGAAUACUGGAAGAUAGUGGAGGAUGUCAUUAAGGUAGUUGACUCUCAAAUGCCCCAGGAUGGCCUUGUGCGUUCUGCUAUCCACCCCGACAGUGGGACGUUCAAGGGAGACAGUGUGAGUCUCGGCAGCAAAGCAGACUCGUACUACGAAUGCCUCAUCAAGCAAUACCUGCAGACCUCACAACAGGAACCCGUCUAUAAAGCAAUGUGGGACGAGGCCCUGAAGGGUAUGCGCAAGCAUUUGAUCACAUUUACCAAGAAUGCACAUCUCAUGGUCAUCGGCGAACGGCCCCAAGGCCUGGACAAGGAACUUCUACCCCGAAUGGACCACCUGGUCUGCUUCAUGCCCGGAACAAUUGCGCUCGGCGCCACAGGUGGUCGCUCACUGGCCGAGGCAAGAAAGUCCUCGGACUGGUCCCAGCAACGCGAAGAGGAAAUCCUUAUGUCUCGCGAACUGAUGAAGACCUGCUGGGCAAUGCACAAGAGAACAGCAACAGGACUUGCCUCCGAGAUCUCUUACUUCACACUUGACUCUCAGCCAGUGAUGAUGGGAGACAAGUACCCAGACUUAUCCACCAACCCAAAGCAAGGAAAGCCCGAAGCACUCAAAGGGAUUUCCAAGUCCCUGGAGACGUACGAUGGCGCAGAGUCAUGGCGCGAAGACAUCGAAAUCCACCGAAACGACCGCCACAACCUGCAACGCCCAGAGACGAUUGAGUCCCUCUUCUACAUGUACCGUAUCACCGGCGAUGACAUGUACCGCCAAUGGGGCUGGGAGAUUUUCAAAUCUUUCGUCAAGCACACAGCCGUCGUAGAGAAGAAGAGCGCCUCUCGCAUCCCAACGACAACCAGCAAAGAACCCAUUUUCCGCAUCAAGGGCUUCACCUCGCUCGGAAACGCGGAUGCCAUCCCACCCUACAAACGUGAUAAUAUGGAGAGCUACUGGAUGGCAGAGACGCUGAAGUAUUUCUAUCUCCUAUUCUCAGACCGUGAUUUCAUCUCUCUUGAGGACCAUGUCUUCAAUACUGAGGCUCAUCCGUUCCCGCGGUUUAAGCCUAGUGGUGAUCUUAAGACUGGGUGGGAGAGGAAGCCAAGGCAGUAG